AUGGCCAUUAUGAUCACUGGUCAAUGUUUAUGGAAAACUUCCUUCGAUCGAAGGAAUAUUGGGAGUUUAGUGGAGAAUGGAAUAGUUGCGGCACCAGAGAAAGCAGUGUUGAUUGAGGCUCAACGCAAGCUAAUGGAGGAUCAGAAGUUGAAAGAUUUGAAGGUCAAGAAUUAUUUAUUUCAGGCUAUAGAUCGGAAGAUUAUAGAGACCAUUCUUGUCAAGGAUAUAGGAAAGCAAAUUUGGGACUUGAUGAAGCAAAAAUAUCAGGGUUCAAUAAGAGUGAAGCGAGCACAAUUGCAAGCCCUAAGAAGAGAGCUUGAGGUCUUGCAGAUAAAGGAAGGAGAAGGAAUGGACGAGUACUCUGCUCGUACUCAUACCAUUGCUAACAAGAUAAAGAUACAUGGUGAGAAGAUGGAUCAAGUUGUUAUUAUUGAGAAAAUUUUGAGGUCUAUGACUUUGAAAUUUGAUUAUAUCAUGUGUUUAGUGGAAGAAUCUAAUGAUUUGGACACUCUAGCAAUUGAUAAGUUACAAAGCAGCUUACUAGUGUAUGGGGAAAGGAUGAAUGGGCAUAGAAGUGGUGAAAAACGAGUACUCAAAGUCUCAUAUGAGGACAGAGUUGGAGGUAGAGGAAGGGAUGUGGAGCUUACAGAGGAAGAGGCCGAGGCAGAGGAAGACAACCUUUCAACAAAGAAAUUGUGGAAUGUUACAAGUGCCACAAACUAG